AUGGUGGCCAAGAAACUCGUCACGGUUGUCGGCGACACUGGCGCGCAGGGAGGCUCAGUUGUUGACUAUCUACUCAAAAACAAAUCUAAAGAAUAUGCCAUCCGCGCAAUAACUCGACCUACGGAGAGCGCAGCAGCAAAAGCACUUGCCGCCCGUGGCGUUGAAGUGGUUCAGGCGGAUUUGACUGAUAUCGCGGCCCUCACAGCGGCAUUUGCUGGAUCACAUGCCAUUUUCGCAGUAACAAACUUCUGGGGUUUGUUUUCAGACUCCCAAAAACAGUUUCCUGAAGAAAAGGAUGUUGCUUUAUUGGCUGGCCGGGCUGCAGCUAUUGAGACUCAGAUGGGCAUCAACAUGGUAGAUGCGGCAUUGACCACUGAUACGCUGCAGCAAUACAUUUGGUCAACCCUCACAAACGCAUAUACGGUUAGCGGUGGUAGAAUCAAGCCGCCGCAUUACGAGUCCAAGGCCCAAGUUACUCGAUAUAUCCAAUCCAAGCCAUAA